GUCUCCCUCCUUCAUUGUGUCUUGAGACCUUGAGAAGAAGAGAGAUGAAGCUCAGUUCUCUGCUUCUGUUGAUUGCCCUCAGCUGCUGCUCUGCCAAAGACGAUCCGGAUCCUCCAUCCAUCCGCCUGAAUUCUGACUUCCUGGCAAACCAAACGGAGGUGCAUCUGACAGCCGGCUCCGCCUUCAAUCUCAGCUGUCAUGGGAAGCGUUUCAUGCGUUUGACCAGCACUUCGUUCCGUUUGUUCUACCGGGAUAGACCGCAGGACCCGGUGGUGGUCAGCGGGUCAGACCCCAGACACACCGGGACCUACUACUGUGGAUACAUCAACCAGAGCCUGGAACACCUAGACACUUGGAUACACCUGUAUGUCACAGACUCAGCCAACCCUUCCAGCGUGUUUGUCACACCUUACUUCUCUACUCCUUCUGUGGAGGAGAGCCAGGACUUCCUCUUCAGGUGUCUGCUCACCGACCCGUCCAUCACGAACCUGACCCUGCAAUCAGCAGGCAGUGAAGAGGGACGGGGGCGGAGCCUGCCUCUGGGAAUGAACGUGACCUUUGACCUUAGGAGAGGAGCCCUGAUCCGAGACCUCCACAGGUCAUUCAGUGGAAGCUAUGUUUGUUCGGGCUGGAGAGACCAAAGGCAGUUCAGGUCCAAACCUGUCGAUCUGUUUGUGAUCCCAAAGCCCCGUAACCCUCCUUCGCUGUCUGUCAGUCAGCAUCAAUCCGUCCGUCUGGAAGGAGAGAGAUUUGAAGUCACCUGUGUGACCAGCAACCCGUCCAACUUCUACAACCUCACUUGGACAGACCCAAACACAAAGAUCCUGAAUGCCAGCCUCAGCCGUCGCUAUGGCAACGGCCGCAUGCAGAUCAACAGCACCGUGACUGUGCCUGCUGUCAGCCGGACGCACAGCGGGACCUACACCUGCACUGCUGUCAACGAGGCCGGGGUCGCCAUGGCAACCACUCAGCUUAGAGUUCUGGACGAUCCCUACUUGAGGAUCUACCUGCAGCUAAGUGAAUCUGACACUUACACCAGAGAGCUCAAUGAGGCCCCAGGUGCUAAUGUUAGCAGCAUGCUACAUUCACAGCUAAAAGCUAACGUUAGUCUCCAUCAGCUGGGUGUGAAGGGGGAUAGCAGCCGUAAUGUUAGUGGCACUAGCAAGCUGGAGGUGUACGAAGGUCGAGAUGUAACGUUGACAUUCGUGAUCGAAGCGUAUCCUCCAAUCAGACGCCAGCACUGGACAACAACAACAGGCGUCAACAAGGACAACAACAACAUGGUGUACCAGGAGAACUACACCGCCAACGGCUACAGGUCGGAGGCGAGCUUGUUGCUGAGGAGAGUUCGUCAGGAGGAUCAAGGUCAAUACUCGUUCCACUUUGACAACUCCUUCUUUGAUGGAUCGCAGAACAUCGACCUGCGGAUCUACAGCUCGGCAGGAAAAGAGCAACGGUUCUCCUCUCCAGCUCUGAUUGGAGCUCUGAGUGCCGCUUUACUCCUCCUCCUGCUCUUAUUGGUCGUGUUCUACAAGUGGAGACAGAAACCCAAAUAUGAGAUUCGCUGGAAGAUUAUUGAGAGCACGGACGGGAACAGCUACACCUUCAUCGACCCCAGCCAGCUACCCUACGAACAGAAGUGGGAGUUUCCUCGAGACAAACUCCGCCUCGGUGCUGUCGUGGGUUCGGGGGCGUUUGGAAAGGUUGUUGAGGCGACCGCCUACGGUCUUGGAACCGGCGAUGCCACACGGGUUGCCGUGAAGAUGCUCAAACCAAGCGCUCACUCGGAGGAACGAGAAGCUCUGAUGUCGGAACUGAAGAUCCUCGGCCAUCUUGGUUACCACGACAACAUUGUCAACCUGCUGGGAGCCUGCACUCGAGGAGGUCCCAUGUUGAUGAUCACAGAGUACUGCAGCCAUGGGGACCUGCUCAACUUUCUGCGGGCUCAUGCUCAGGACUUCAUGGCGUCCGUUGUGAGUGUGGAUGAAGUGGAGGAGGAGGUCCUCUAUAAAAACAUGGGCACCCAGAACCCUCGCCUGAGGAGUGACAGCGGGAUCUCGUGCUGUUCAGAUUAUCAGGAGAUGCAGCAGGUCAAGAGUCCAGGUCUGUCUGUCGAAGACCUCAUGAGGUUUUCCCAGCAGGUGGCUCAGGGCCUGGACUUCCUGUCCACCAGGAAUUGUAUCCACAGAGACGUAGCGGCUAGAAACGUCUUGCUGACAGACCGUCGGGUGGCAAAGAUCUGUGACUUCGGUUUGGCGAGAGAUAUCCGUAACGACAACAGUUACAUCGUCCAGGGAAACGCCCGUCUCCCGGUGAAGUGGAUGGCUCCUGAAAGCAUCUUUCAGUGCGUCUACACCGUCCAGAGUGACGUCUGGUCCUACGGAGUCUUACUGUGGGAGACCUUCUCCCUGGGUAAGAGUCCGUACCCAAACAUCGCCGUGGAUACCAACUUCUACAAGAUGAUCCAAGAUGGCCGCCACAUGGACAAGCCCCACUUUGCUCCAACAGAGAUGUAUCAACUGAUGACGCUCUGCUGGAGCUUAGAGCCCACAGACAGACCAACCUUUAAGACGAUUGGUCAGCUCAUUGACAGGCUUCUCCCCUGCACCGUUGACGCAUUGCUGCAUCACAGGAAGCAGUCAACCUACAGAAACAUAAAGGAGUGCAGAGAAGAAGAAGAGGAGGAGGAGGUGGAGGAGGAGGAGGAGAAGGAGGUCAGAGGAGGAAACACACUGACGAGAGGAGAAGAGUGCAGCCGAAGAAAUCACCAUGACGAAAACAAAGCUGAUAAUGAAAAGAUAGAGCCAAUGAUGAAGAACAUCUACCAGCUGUCAUGAUCGUCUCGUCCAAUAAAAACUAAAUGUCUCAAAGACAUUCAAAAUGAAACUUUAUUAACAAACGUCCUGACUGUAAAUGUUUGUUCUCUAUCAAUAAACCAACCAAAUAUAUAAAAAUGAGAAUUAAAGAGAUGAAACCAUUUAUCACUUUA